AUGUUUUUGAUGAGAAGAAGAAAAGAAGAAGAAGAAGAAUCAAGCAAGACGAAGGAGAAGACGAAGGAGGCCGAAGCCAGCCAUGGAGGAAGACGAGGAGGACGAGGACGAGGACGAGACACCGCCACAGAAGCCGAGAAGGAGGUGAAGAAGACGAAGACGAAGAGGGAGAAGCUGAGUGAAGAGACGGAGAGGAGGAGGACAAGUCACGUUUGCCUGCUGCUGGCUCUGAGAGGGCGAGAGGGAGAAGGGAUAAUAAGGGAGAAACAAGGAGGGCAGCAGGAGAUAUCAGGGAAGACGAAGGAGAGAAGAGAAGGAGAAGGAGAGAAGCUGAUAAAAGAGGAAGACGAAGAGAAGGAUAAGAGAAGAAGAAGAAGAAGACAAAAGACAAAAGACGAGAGCUGCCUGCGCAACGUGUUUCGAGUCUGGUCGAUCCUGGCCGGCGCACGCUUGGAGGGAGACGAGGAAGACGAGGAAGACGAGACGAGACGAGACGAGACGGAGACGAAAGACGAAAGACGUGACGAUGCGAUGCGAUGCGAUGCGAUGGCGGGUGACUUCUGCUGGCCAUACAAAUCUGCUUUUAUUACUUCACUUUACUUGCGUGGACGUACCGAACAUGCGCGUACAUUAAGACAAGACAAGGCAAAGACGGUGGACAAGACGGAGAUACAAGUGGACAGGAUGGACAGGAUGGACAGCCUGGACAGCGACUAUGAUGCUGGCGAUGGGGUUGAUGACGAUGAUGGAGCUGAUGGCGGUGUCAGGGGCUACGCUACGGCUACGAUGAGACGCCGGGACAGCCAGAUGGACCGACGAUGGACUGGCGAUGGACUGAUGAACCGAAGACAAGACAGAAUGAGAUAA